GAGAAAGAGACAGACAAGAGGCGAAGAAAGAGAAGAGUAGUGAAUGAGGAGGAACUGCAAAUGCAAAAGUAAGGAGAAUACAAGCAGGAGGAAGAGGAGGCAUCAGCAAGGCCGAAAGAAAGAGACAGAAAGAGAGUCGUGUAUGUAGGGGAGAACGAAAGAGAGAUAGAUAGAGAGAGCUAGAGAGAGAGAGAGAGAGAGAGAACUUCAACAAUAGAUAAUUGUGCCGCUUGCGCUUAUGAAACAUGGUCGAAGUCGGCGGCGGCUCUUCUUGAAAGUUGGACUGUAUGAGGUGUUGUGUUGUGUUCCUGUAGGUAUUUGGUUGUUUUAAUCCCCACCAAGCGUCACCAAGAACCCGCACCCAUUUUUAACGUUUCUGGUCAACCGUAUUUAUGAACACCAGACGGACAUGUGCGAUUCCCUUCCACGUUCCUGUUAAGUGGGAGUGUUUCGCCCUGCAAUAGAAAUGCUCAUUUAUUUCGGACCUUUUGUGUUGCUGCUGUUUCGUACAGUGUUAGCUGAAAGUGACUGUGGUCCGACGUUGAGCAACAAGAGUGUCUUGAUUGUUUAUUCAAAGCAGUAUGACACUACAGAUCAGCACGCCUGUGACUUGUACAUUAUUGCCAAGACAAAGGUGUACAUUGAACUGAACUUCACUGACCUUCGUGGCUUUGAAGUUCCGUGGCAGCCAGCAAACAGCUCCACCGUUUCAAUGGAAUGUUUACCAAAGAUCAGCAUUACUGAACGCAAUACGAGUGGUGAAGAAUUCCGUAUGGGAAUUAUCUGUCCUGUUCAAAAACUUCUCAAAGACCCUCCAGUCUUUCCCUCACACGCCAAUAACUUAACGCUGAUUUAUAAAUGGGACCCCAAACAGCGAACUGGACAUACAUUGUAUCUUGACUUUCAGCUGAAAGUAAAUGUGUGCACAUUCUACUGUGAUGGCUCUACCUGUCAGUCUGACCAGUCGUUAGUGUGUAACGGCAGGUCACACUGUCGCGAUCAGUCAGAUGCGCAGCUUUGCAAUGAGCAACACCCUAGCUCUGCACCCACAGAGCAGAUUGUAAGGAGCACUUCUACUAUAAUGCCACUUGUUGUUGUAAUAAUAAUUGUGGUGUGUAUACUUGGGGUGGUACUAUUUGGCAUCUGCCAUUGCCGGACAGCACCGUGGCUAUGUCGAGGAGACAGCUCUCACACUAAAACUUCAGAGCAUGAAAAUUUACAUCCUAACUCUCAAAUGACCUGCUCAGAGGAUUAUUCUGGAAUUCCAACCCAGGAGCAACGGGCAAUAGCAUCAUAUAAAGAAAAACAAACACGUUUAAAAUCCAUAAGGACAGACAAUGAAUUAGGUCUCCCUCCUAGUAUCCCAAUCUCUGAAGAUGGAGAAGAGGGAUUUCUGACUAGUCAGAGAUUACUACAAUCAUGUGACCGGUCCCAUAAAAUAGACUGUCAGGCUUUCUGCCCCCCACCAAAUAUAACCAUAUACAAUGGAGAGAGUCCAUCAUCCUUUUAUCAUUCUCACUCAACAACCAACAGCAGCUUUCUCGCUCUCUCUGUGAACAAGAAAAUUCCUCUUCCUUCUAUGAAAACCCUGAGGGAGUCCAAUGGACAUUCAAAUCUUAACCAUUAUAGCUAUUUGGAAGGACACAGUCAUCCUUCACGUUCCAAACCCCACACAAAGACCCCUUCUUCAUCAACAUUGCAGCCAAAGCUAUCCAGUGACAGUCAAAAUCCACAAGGCCAAAAAUUUGACCGACUUGGAAAUUACUCUCUAGUUUCUUCUCCCAGUACUCGAAUGCCUAAUGAGGCAAAUGUCUACAGCUUCCAGCCUGACAGACACCUUUGAUAUAGACCUCCCCACUCCGUUCUCAGCUGAGGAGAUUUGAGAAAACUACAUGCUAGAACACAACCAUCACUGUUGCUGCUGUUUUUUUUUUCUUUGUAUUUUUUUUUUUUUUUU